AUGCCGCGCCGGGCGGGAAGGCACCCCGCGGCCGCGGGUUCCGCUUCCGGGCCGGCAUUUUCCCCGCGUCCCAGGCGGGAAAUGGCGGCGCCGCCAGCACCGGGGCCGGGGCAGGGGCAGGCGGACGGGGCGCUGCGGGACCCGCGGGUGCGCUGCUGCUCGCGGCGCGGGCUGGGCGCGGUGCUGGAGCUGUGCGCGCCCUUGGUGCGGGCCCUGGCUCAGGGACAGCCCGGCGGGGCCGCCGCCGAGGCCGACGCGCUCUGGAACUUGGAGACGGCGGUGCGGGAGAACGUCACCAUCAACGGGCAGGCCUGGGAGGAGGCCUCGGAGGAGAUCCAGCUGCAGAGCGAUUCCAAUAUUAAAAUUCUGGAGGAUCAAUUUGAUGAAUUAAUAGUAGGGGCAGCAACUAGGCGUAAACAGUGGCCUAAAAAGAUCCUGGUGCAUGCUAUCGAAACCAUGAAAGCAGAGCAAGAGAUGUUGAAGCUUUACCAGCCUGUGGUAAAACCAGCAGAGAUAAGACCUCAGCCUUCUCAAGAUGCUUACAUCGCAGAUCUGAAGCAGGCAGCAGAAGUGGCAGCCAAACAGAUCAGCGAAGCAAUGCAGUCUAUUCCAGCACUUAUAGAAAAAGCAGAAGGUUUUUCCCAAGCAUUAACUUUGCAACCAACCUUGGAACUCUGCAAGCUGCGGCAAGAAGUCUUUUCUGGUUGCAAGGCAAAGGAGGAAAACAAUGUCCAAAAGUUAGUACCACCAGGAGAAGUCACACCAACAGGAACUGUUUCCAGUAAAAAUCCUUAUGUUUUGCUGAAAAGAAGAAGGGCUGCAGAUUCCCCUGAGAGAAGGCGCUACCCACUGCGGCGGAGGAAGAUCACUCUCAGUACAUGAAUUUCUUGUUUUGUGUUUUCACAUUGGAAUCUCAGCUGUACUUUUGUUCCAUAUGUUGUGUCUUGUUUCUUAGAACUCAUCUCCCCUCAGUGUUACACAUCAGAGCUUCUUUAAUUAGUCUUUGACCUCUUAAACAUUUCUACUUUUGCUGUUAUGCUGAUGGUAUAUGAAAGCCUACAUGUACAAGUAGCAUCCAAUAUCCAGUGAGUGUAUUUGCCAUUUAACUAAAUUUUUGCUCUUAUAUUUGCAGUUUUUAUCUUGAGUCCUUGUGCUUCUCAGAGUUCAUAUGCACGCUUUAUGUACGUGGGCAGUCUUUUAGGAAACCAUUAACUGGUCAUUUACAUUCAGCAUGUUUCUAAAGAGGUUGGAGAACGUCUCCAUUCUGGAGUUCUCCUAAUGCACUUUCAUUAAUUACUGAGGCAGGUGGCUUUUAUUUUAAUUAAUUAAUUGACACUGCACCAUAUUGAAAUUACCAGAUUUGAUGCAGUGAGUUUUAAGGAAGUUCAUACACACAUGUGACAUUAGUCCCUGCUCUUCUACCUUUCCUGAAUGUAGGUCAUCUAGGCUUAUUUAUAGUCAUGAAACUUGGAUUUUUAAUAAUUCUAUGCAUUUACUUGCAGCGUGGUCUUCUGAACAGGAAUUCAGCCAUGCAGCCUGGGGUUUUCCUGGACAAUCUUUCUACCCAGAAAGGAUCUUGUGUUUGC